UGACCCCAUUUUUUGGCUCCCACCCUUCUCCCCCCACUUUUUUGGCCCCUCUCCCCCCAUGGACACCCCCGAGCCGGGCAGCGCCGCCGAGGACGAGGAGGAGAAAGUUCCAGAAGUUCGUCCCCGCACUCGUUCCAACCCCGAGGGUGCCGAGGACCGGGGCCAGCCCCAGCCCGGGGUGGGCAAACGCAGCGAGGGCGAGGGGGAGGCGGCCAGCGCUGGCCACAGCCCCCAGGCCACCCCCGGGCACGGCACGGCCUGGCCCGGCCCCGGCGAGCUGCAGGUGAAAACACCCCGGGUCAACUGCCCCGAGAAGGUGAUCAUCUGCCUGGACCUGGCUGAGGAGAUGGCGCUGCCCAAACUGGAGUCCAUCAACGGGUGCCGCAGCAACGCCCUGACCGUGUCCCAGAAGAUGAUCGAGAUGUUCGUCAGGACCAAACACAAAAUCGACAAAAGCCACGAGUUCGCCCUGGUGGUGGUGAACAAUGAUGCCACCUGGCUGUCAGGUUUCACCUCAGACCCACGGGAGGUUUGCAGCUGCCUCUACGACCUGGACACCGUGGUGUGCCAGUCCUUCAAUCUGGACGGGCUCUUCAACCUCAUCCAGCAGAAGGUGGCCCUGCCUGUCACUGACAAUGUCCAGACCGUGCCCCCCCCGUUCGUGGUCAGGACCAUCCUGGUGUUGGGGCGCCCGCGGUGCCAGCCCCACUUCUGUGGGGGGGAGCACGUCAAGAAGCUCCUGCAGUGCCCCUAUUUUUUCUUUGACCUGGUUUACAUCCACAACGGCCACGGGGACCAGGACGACGAGGGAGGCUGGAAGGACAUGUUCUCGUUCCUGGCCGCCCUGGACCCCCGUGGCACGAGUUACAAGUACGAGGUGUCUCUGGCGGGGCCGGCGCUGGAGCUGCACAACUGCAUGGCCAAGCUGCUGGCACACCCCCUGCAGCGGCCCUGCCAGAGCCACGCGGCCUACGCGCUGCUGGACGGCGGGGACAGCCCCGACAGCGAGGCCACCGUCUGAGGGGACAGCGGGGACAUUGCGGGGACAGCGCGGGGACAGCGCGGGGACAAUGCAGGGACAGCGC